AUGCCGUUCUCGGCGCAGCCGCCCGCCAGCGGCGAGCGCUACGCGCUGUCCGCCAGCCUGGACAAUGCCCGGCACCUGUCCAGCCUGCUGCGGGCCGUGCACUUCCAGGACCACGCCACCUGCCUGGCCACGGCCAGCGGGCUGCGUGUCACGGUGGAGGAUGCCAAGUGCAUCCAGGCCAACGCCUUCAUCCAGGCAGAAAUCUUUCAGGAAUUUUCUGUUCAGGAAGAAUCAGUGAUGUUCCGGAUCAGUUUGUCUGUUCUUCUGGACUGCCUUACCAUUUUUGGAACCAGCUCCUUGCCAGGAACAUCAACGGCCCUUAGAAUGUGUUAUCAGGGUUAUGGGUAUCCCCUGAUGCUGUUCUUGGAAGAAGGAGGAGUAGUAACAGUGUGCAAAAUCAACACUCAAGAACCUGAUGAGUUGUUAGAUUUUGAUUUCUGCAGUACAAAGGUUGUUAAUAAAAUUAUUCUGCAGUCGGAGGGACUACGAGAAGCAUUUGCUGAACUGGAUAUGAGCAGUGAAGUUCUGCAGAUUACCAUGUCUCCAGAUAAACCCUACUUCAGGUUAUCCACUUUUGGAAAUGCAGGAAGUGCACAUCUAGACUACCCUAGGGACUCUGAUUUGAUGGAAGCAUUCCACUGUAACCAGACCCAGACAAACAGGUACAAGACUUCUUUACUUAAACCAUCCACAAAGGCACUGGCUUUGUCUUGUAAAGUGUCCAUUCGAACAGAUGCUCAAGGAUUUCUUUCACUGCAGUAUAUGAUUAGGAAUGAAGAUGGACAGAUCUGUUUUGUGGAAUACUAUUGUUGCCCUGAUGAGAACAUCACUGAAGCAGAACUGUAGGUGUGUGUAUGGGCGUCUAUAAAAUAUUUUUGGUUAUAUAAAAUAGUAUAUAUUUUUUAAAAGCUAAAUGAAAGCUGUAAAGUUUGAUGGAGUUAAUAUUGUCUUUAUUUUUGAGCUCUGGAACAAGAAAGCGAAGACUUUCAUUUUCUUCCACUUCAAACAUUUCAUAGCCUUGACUCAAACUGAAGCUGAAAAAGCAGAAAGGGAGUUGAUGUCCUGUAGACACUGCUUCCUGCACAGAUGUUAAAGUACUGUUUGUGUAAUACACUGAUGCUUUUUACAGUGUUCUCCAAGAAUUUUUGUUUGUAUUUUGUUUGUAUUGUAUUGUAUUUUGUUUGUAUUGUAUUGUAUUUUGUUUGUUUUUUGUCUUUGGCUUCUAGUAAGCAAUUACACAAGGGAAAAUCUGAAUACUAGUUGUAUAUUAGCCAGUUAACUUUCAGUGUUUUGAGUGUUUAACUUUGGUUUUUAAGUUAAAACCAAAUUUGUCUUGAAAGAGAACAUUUUCAAACGAAUGUCUUAAUAGCAGCAGGUGGUUUCUUGCUGGCAAAUGCUGACAUGUUUUGUUAGUGAAGCCACUAAGCUUCACCUCAUCUUGAUUAAUUCUUAAUAUAACUCAAUUCCUUGGAAUUUUGUCUGACACCAACUUACUAUUUUGUCUGCAAACCGAUGUUGAAUUGGUAAAUUGAUAUAGAAAACAGGACUUACUUGCUCAUUACUCAGCUGUUUCGGCAACAUCAUUGUUUUGGAUCAGUAGUUUAUUACAGCAAGAAUGGUGGAGCUGAACUGCUUCUGUAUAUUCAUGUCCCUGUUCCUACUCUGCUGCUCUCUGCUGGUCAUGUUAAAAAUCGUAAGAAAGAAAAGUUUCGUAUUGAAAAUUAUUUAUGAA